AGUCAGGGUGGACCCAGCGUCGGCGUUAGACGCUCAGGAAGUGGAUUAAACCACCAAAGAUUCCCGCAGAUUCGAUACCGAUUGUCCCAACGUUAGAUACGUGUUCGUGCUAACCUGAACGUUUGGCCGAGCACGUUUAUGGGCUAUUUAGGACGAUAAUGCUGGAUGGUUGCGCUCAUGAAAAUCACCAGGGAUAUAUGCAGGCUGUUGGGACUCGGGAGCGGUCCUGUGGUCCAGGAGGAGCAGAUGGACUGUGGUGCUACAAACCCUGACCCGAGUGCCACCUUGUCGCAGGAUGCAUUAAAUGGAGAGGAGGAGUUGAGUGAGGAGGAGAAAGCAAGGCGGAAGGCAGAGCGACGCAAAGCCAAGAGGAAGCGCCGUCGAAAACGUAAGAAGCAGGAACAAAAUAAGCAAAAUGACAACGCUGAACAGGAUGACGAAGAGGAUGGAGGUGCAGAGUCUGAACUAGAUGAGAGCGAUUCCGAAGCAGAAGUUGGGGGUGAAGAGGAGAAACAAAGGGCACAAAAAGGAGUGCAGAAAGAAGAGAAGGAGGGGAAAUCGGAGGCCUGCUCCAAAGAUCUUGCCGCUCCUGCUAUUGCUCCUUCAGGAUGUCAGGAGACCCAAGCCAGAUCUGCUGAGGAGGAGCCAGAGUGGGAUGUCAGUAGUGCCUUCGUUGCAAAUGCUGCUAGCCAUAUCAAACCCAAAGGAUCAAGUCGAAAGUCCAAAGAAAACAAGGAGAAUGAAGCCAGGAGAGAGACAAAUGGAACUGACACCAUGACCAAGAAAAGCGCAUCACUGACAGAAAAAGGGAUAAAGCUGGUGCAAGAGGGGCAGUAUGCACAAGCAGCCAGUAUGUUUACAGAAGCCAUCAAAUGUGAUCCCAAAGAUUACAGAUUCUUUGGGAAUCGCUCUUAUUGCUAUUACUGCUUGGAGCAGUAUCCUCAGGCCCUGGCAGAUGCUGAACGCUCCAUUCAGCUGGCCCCAGACUGGCCCAAAGGAUACUUCCGCAAGGGCAGCGCCCUCAUGGGCAUGGAGCGGUACAGUGAGGCAGAAAAGGCUAUGGAGCAGGUGCUGAAGCUGGACAAAGACUGCGAGGAGGCUGUCAAUAAUCUAUUUAACUGCAAAGUGCUGCAGUUAAUGGAACUGGGCUUUGAAGAAGUGCAGAGUGUCUUGCUGUUAGAUAGAUUUUCAACAGUGCAGGGUGUUCUGGCAUAUUAUUCUGAAGCUGCCAAAGCAGCAGCUGGAAGCACAGAUUCAUCUGUUGUGCAACCAGGAACUCCCUGUCCAUCCCUCUGGGUGGGAAAUGUGACAACUGAGUUAACUGAGAAACACUUAAGGGACCUUUUUAAAAUGUAUGGUGAGAUUGAGAGUAUCCGUGUGCUGCAUGAGAGAUUCUGUGCCUUCGUUAACUUCAGGGAUGCAAGCAUGGCAGCUCGUGCCAUGGAGAAACUAAAUGGUCACUGUAUUGAAAACACGCGUUUAGUGGUGCGCUAUCCUGACCGCCGCACUCAGAGGUCCCUUCCUAUUCCGCUCAAGACUUGCCUCCCUGUCACACAGCAGGGAGGCACAGCUGCUGGACCUCGAAGACGCGGCCCGGUUAAUGGAGAUGAGUGUUACUUCUGGAGAACCACUGGCUGCCAUUUUGGGGAGAAAUGUCGCUAUAAACACAUUCCUGAUCAGAAAGGCAAGGACCGGAAACCUUGGCAGCCUUGAACACCGUUUACUCUCUGCCUCAUUACUGGAAAAGGAAACCGGGAUACGCCGACUGUGCCAAUGGGACUGGUACUUGCCGCACAAGGUUCUCUGGGCUAAAAAUAUUUACUGUGGCAAACUGGAUGUGAAUAGCUAAAGGAUCAGAGCCAGCAUUCAGGUUCUGUUGGAGGGGGAGGUAGUCACAUGUACCACAAAGGAUUCGGAGCAUGAAGGUUUAUAUUCUAAUGAAAGCCCAGACUGGAUAUUAUUUUUUUUUUUUAGUAAUAGAAGAUUAUCCAGAAGAGGGAAACAAAACCAGCUGGUAUAGCUUUUGAAUGAAAACCUUCAUAUUCACAGCCUUUUAUGGGACAUGGGAUUUUAUUCUUUCUUCUAAGAGGAAGAACCUAACACCUCAAGCAAACACCGUAAAGAGGAAGUGAAACUGCCUUUGUCUGUUAUUCGAAGAAAAGUAAAAGCUCUGCCAUGUAUGGUAGUAAUGAAAGGAAUACAUGUGGAUGUUGUGUUUGGGACUUUCCUUCUUUAGAAAUUCCGUCACAAACCAGUGUUCCUUCCCUUUUUUUUUUUUCUUUUUUUUUGUGGUUCUAACUAAAAUUUAAUUGACAUAUACUAACUAUUGAGGCAUAUCCCAUGCCCCAAACAGCCAGGCCUUAGGCCUACAGUUAUUACUGGGGCUUCAUUCCUACUCGUUCAUGUUCCAGUACUGAAACAUUGUUCACCACACCAAAGACUUCAAAUUAGACAUACUUGACAUUUAAGUACCUCACCUAUGCAGAUGAGAAUUUCUGCCUUGCCUUUUGCCCUAUGUAGCCUUAGAAAUGAUCUUAUGUGGGCGAGUGGAUAUAAAUACAAUGAUUUGACUUGAAGUGCUGCAAAAUUCUAUGCAUCAGUGCGUGGAUUAGGUUCAUAUUUCACCAAUUUUUUUUUUUAUUUUUUUUUUUGAAAGAUUAGUUUCUCUGCGGGAGUUUUCUUGACAUUUUAGUUGAGAUUCCUUGUCCAUGAGGAAAUAGUAAUAGCAACACCUGACGUAAUGUAAACGCUGCUUUUAUAAAGGCUGUAGUCUUUUCAGAUUUGUUUUUGUUUUUUUUAAGUCUGUCUCCAAGAUGGAUUUUAACCUCUUGGCAUUUUUAAGGCCAAAAUGUUUGAUGUUCUGAAUUGCAUGAAGCUUUUGUUGUGAAGUGCUUCAGUGCUGCAGACUUGUCUCUGCUUUGUGGACUGCAGGAGAUCUGUUUUGUGGACCCAAUUCAAAUAUCAAACUUUUGGUGUUGUUGUUGUUAUUAUUAUUGUUAUUAUUAUUAUUAUUGUCGUUAUUAUUAUUAUCAUUAUUAUAAUUAUUAUUAUUUCUCAGCAGGAGAAUGUUCUUCUUGCUUUGUUGGUACAUUUGCAUCGUAAGCAUGCAAAGUUCUUUAGAUCUAUGCAAAAAGUCAUGAAUUGAUUGUCAGUUCUGUGUCAGAAAUUCACACCACUUCUUGUAAAAGUACAAAAAAAAAAAAGAGUAAUGUGUGCACACAGUUUAAAAUCAUACUUAUUUUUUUAACCUUGAAAACCAGUGUUUUAAAGUUUUGGGCCUCCAUUUCAGUAUUUUAGUGAACUGAAGGAUCUGAUGGCUCUGCAUUAAAACGGCCUCAUUCUUUCAGUAGUUUUAACACUAGACAGUGCAUUAAAGCCUAUUAGCAUCUGUUUGUGUCAUUUAGUAGAAAACAGAUCUGGUUUAAGUCCACACUACGUUCACUUGUAAACUAUGCGUAGCAGUAUUUAUUUUUCUAUUUAUACUUUUUUUUUUCAUGUUUCCUGUAUUCAACAUAUCCUGGGAACUGAAUUUACCUUUUAUUUACUGGCCAUAUUGUCUUUUCACUUUCUGGCAAGUUAAUGAACCUCUUUCAGAAGGUCUCUGCUGCUUAGUUCUGGCUUUAAGAGCAAACUUUAAAAAAAAAAAAAUGGUGCAAAUACUGUCACAUGCUGCACUUCUGCUUUUCUUGUGUUGCUUUCGGUCUUGUGGCUGGAACUUGUGAAAAAGGAAUUGGACACCAAAAGUUAAGAGUGCACUUGUCUGUUUGGCCCACUUGCUCAGUGCUUUUUGUGAUCUCAGCUGUUAACUACGGUUUCAUAUUCCACUUAAUUUUAUAGAUAAGUUUCUUUUUAAACUAGAAUAUUUUUAAUUGCAUUGUAUAAAUAUUUCACAUUAGA